UUAUAAUUGCAAAUGCGUCUGUAAUAUUGAAACGUUUCCACAUUAUUUUGGUUAUUUCAUAAGCAUAAAUAAUCGAAGAACGGAUGAAUCUGGCGAGACUACUACUGUAACCUGUAUCAAUCAAUAUAGUCAAUAUCUUUAAUAAGUAUAUGAUGACGUAAAUGUAAUUAUCGAAAUUUCAUUCAUAAAAUAUGGAUUCAAUUACAAAAGACCAACAUGCAAAGAUAGAAAAUGAUUUUUUUUCAUCAAAACAUGAAUGGACUUGGGAUGAAAAAUUAUCAACCUCGUCAAUUAAAUUAUCAGAUAAUAAUUUAAAUGUUACUUUUCAUCCUGUGUAUAGCACUGGCACAGCUGUUGUAAAAGGCAACAAAUCAUUGGAAAAAGGAAGGCAUCAUUAUUGGGAGAUUUCAAUGAUAACACAUAUCUAUGGUACCGAUGUAAUGGUUGGUGUAGGAACUGCAAAUGCAGAGCUUCAUAAUGCAAGUGAGCGUUUUUGUGCUCUGCUUGGACGAGAUCAAGAAUCUUGGGGUUUUUCAUAUAAAGGUUAUUUACAGCAUGAUGGUAAGAUAUGUAAAUAUGGGACAACCUUUGGUCAAGAUGACUUGGUAGGGAUACAUCUUGAUACUUGGACUGGCACAUUACAAUUUUUUAUAAAUCGAAAACCAUUAGGUGUCGCUUUUACAAAGUUAAAUAAUGUUACGCUUUAUCCAUUAAUAAGCUCUACAAUGGCUCAAUGUGUAAUGAAAUUAACUUAUAGUUGCUCAAUAUCAGUAUCUCUGCAAACCACUUGUCUAACAGUCUUGUCACCUUUACAGAAGACAUAUUUAUCUAAAAAAUUUCCUGGUUUGCGUUAUCUUAUUCAAAAUAUCUUUGCUGAUAUACUACAAAAACCUAUUGAUUGUGAUAAUGAAGAAAACGUUGAAUUUCCUGCACAAUACAUUAUUCUAGAUGAUUUUGACUAUGCUCUUGUAGGCUUUGGAAUAAAACAAAAGAAACAUUAAAUGAUACACGAGCCUGUGAUAAAAAUCUAGAAAUUUAGAGAU